GUGCUUGGGAGAUGGGAAGUAAUGAUAGCUGGCACCUGAACUAAAAUAUCUGUGUAGACGCUACUGUCCCAGAACUUCAGGAUGAAUGGGGAUAUGCCUCAUGUUCCCAUCACUACUCUUGCAGGGAUUGCUAGUCUUACAGACCUUUUGAACCAGCUGCCUCUUCCAUCACCUUUACCUGCUACAACAACAAAAAGCCUGCUCUUCAAUGGACGGAUAGCUGAAGAGGUGAACUGCCUUCUGGCUUGCAGGGAUGAAAAUCUGGUUUCACAGCUUGUCCACAGUCUCAAUCAGGUGUCAACAGAUCACAUAGAACUGAAAGAUAAUCUUGGCAGCGAUGAUCCAGAGGGAGAUAUACCAGUCUUGCUGCAGGCUAUUCUGGCAAGGAAUCCUAAUGUCUUCAGGGAGAAAAGCAUGCAGACCAGAUACGGGGUACAAAGCGGUAAGAAUUUUUGAUUCUGUGUUACGAUUUAAGUUGUUCUGUAAGCAGGGAGCAAUGAUAUUGACAACAAAUAUAUAUAACUACAUCUGUGAUGUUUGUGCCCAUACGUUGUACCUAAUAGAGAUAGAAAGCUGUAUAUUUUGACAUCUUCUAAGAGUGAUUAUAUUAGAAUAAGCAUGGAAAUAACUCUACGGGUAUUUUUUGUAAAAAUAAUGUUUAGUUUCCCUACUGAAGUUUACUUUCCUGGAGGAUUGAUUGGAUUUUAGUUUCAUUUUAUUUGAAUUUCUUUCUGGUAAAGUUCAUAAAUUUAUCUUAAUGAACAAUUAAAGUUGGGAAAAAUAUACCUUGUUCUUAUUGGAAAACUGUAUUACAGCACAUCACUGCAGCGAUAGUUCUUUAAUAGCUCUAGGGUAAGGAAUGGGGUUGAAAGAACCAUAUUUAACAGUUCUUUCCUGCCAUUCUUGACAGCAGUGUGUGAUGCCUUAGAAAUUUUACUGUUUUGACGGCUGAUUCUCUUCUGAGGUGUAUACUGCUGGAUAGCAAAGAUGGAGAAAUGGAGAUAACAAGCAAAGGAUUAUUCAGACUCUAGUUUUCAAUCUAAAGACUUAUUCUCUUGCACCCAUAACCUGUUCUUUAAUUGCCAAAUUUAAAAAUAAGAGCAUUUCCAGUUUCCACAGUGGGAGGAUAAAGCUUUGUUAUCAGUGUAGAAAUAUAGGUAGAAGUUCUAUAGGUGUCUAAAGGGGAUGGAAAGUGCGGGGAAUUUUUGGAAGGGGAGUGGGGACGAUUAGAUGAUCAAGUUCAUUCAUUUAGGCUAGCGAUUAAAGAGCUAUAUGAUAUUUGAAAAGAACUUGCUUAGGACAGAACAUGUAACAUUUCUUGUAAGAAUACAGAAAUUUUCUCGAAUGAAAAAGUUAAGGGCGAUGCUAAAUAUUGUAAAAGUUCACCGAUUGUGAAAAUUAAGCUCUGAUAACAGUCUCCAGAUUCUGUUUGGUGACAGCCAUGGCAGAAUAUCAUUUUUCCAGCUGUGGGAGGAGUUGUGACUGUCCUGCUAAUUUGCAGAAUGGUACCACAAAGAACAUAUGCUUGAAUCAGAGUUUUGCACCAGUUCUCUAAAAUAAUUUUUUGCCAGUGCAAGAGUGAGACAAUUUCUGGAAUUAUUUGAUCCAGCAGAGCAUUUUUAAAGAAAGAAAACAAAACUAGUUAAUUUCUUUCUAAACUUGGCCAAUAUUGUGAUUCAGAGAAGGAAACACUUAUGUAGCUUGAUUCAAUAGUUCAGAGAAGGAAACACUUAUGUAGCUUGAUUCAAUAGUUCGAGUAAUCCUUAAUGAAAUAAGAGCACCUCUAUCUUUAGUAAGUGUGCUUUGACCUAUAAUUGGAGGAAGAUAUUGGAACAGAAUUAAAAAUCAAUGUGAAACUUAAACAAUAGUUGAUGCCUUGUUAACUUGAUUAAAAUAACAUUUCAGAAAAAUAGAAGAGAUGAGAAAUAAAAAAAAAUUACUUCA